GUUAUUGUUCCCCCACUUACAUGCGUUAGGCGCGCUGACUUGACUCUUAGGUGUAACUUUAUUGGAGUUCAGCGUGUCCAUUAUGCACUUAACGCAUCAAAUGGAUCUUUUCUCAGACAUGUAUGUCACUCAAAUGCUGUUUAAAAAUGUCAAGAAUAGUGCAGAAUUGCGACAAGGUGCUGUCGAUGGCAAGAUAAGUGCAGCUUUGCUCAACCCAACCAUGCUUGUUGGGCCUUUUCAGGUGUUGGUUGCUACCAACAAAGCAGUUCACCUACAGAAACUUGGGAAGAUGAAAACGAGAAGUCUGUAUUCUGAAAUAAUCUUCAACCUCUCUCCAACUAAUAACAUCUCUGAGGCCUUCAAAAGGUUUGGGGUCUCAGACAGUGACAACUCUCUCCUGGUAGUUCUGGUUCACAAAGACAAAGAAUCCGAACUGUUGUCAGACCUCACAAAGAAGGUCAAUGGUGUUCAGGUUCCGGUGGACGACAUUGCUUCAUUAUCAGACACGGCAAAGAUCAAAAAGCUCUACAAAGUCACGGCGAAGGAGGAAACGUGUGGGACACUGAUGGACGCUGUUGUCUGCAGAAUGGCCACCAAAGACGUGAUUUAGCGACCACUUCUCACUCUCAACUUUUGCUCGCUCACAAUCACCUCAGCGAUCACAUUUAAUUGGGUUAUUUCCUGAUCCAGAACAUGGGAGUGUCAUUUGUAAAAUGAUGUGAGUAGAAAGUCAUGACAAUUAAAUUAAAAGCUUUUUGUUAUUAUUGAACCUUGGGUUUAAAGUUUUAAGGCCGCUGAUAAUUGCAUUACAAUUGGAAAUAUAUAUUUUUUUAUUAUUA